AUGCGCUACUCUACCAUCAUCACCGUCGCGGUCGCUUUCGCCCCAGCGGCACUCGCACAAAGCUCGUCGGCCACCAUCACAUCAAUGGUCCCGAUGAUGUCUCCCUCGGCGCCUCCCGUCACAAUGGCUUGGAACAACGAGCCCAGCGCAACAGAUAAAUCAGCUCUUGCAUCAAAAGCUUCGUCCAUGAACUCUGCUAUGGAGUCGGCAAUGUCUUCCAUGUCAAUGAGUAUGCAGAUGGAGAGCGGCAUGACAAUGUCUAACGGUAUGGUCAUGGCCACAGGCAGUGCUCAGGCUGCUAUGGGCAACUUGACCGGUAGCGCCAGUAAGAUGGAGGUUGGCGGUGGUGUGGCGAUGAUGGCAGCCAUCUUGGCUAUGCUCUGA